CCUCCGUUUUGGAAACUCUCUUUGCACUAAACCAUUAGAUGCGUUAUAUGAUCCUAUGGUGGAGCUCAGCUCCUUUUUCUAUAUAAAUAUUAAAAUAAACUGUUACAGAUGGCAAGUUUAGAAAAGGAUCAUUCAUACUCUGAAACGCCACAGCAACCAGAGGCCACACCGGAAGAGUAUGCAGUUGCAGAUGUUGGCAUUUCACACCGUUUGAGAGACCGAGAACUUCUCAGAAAAAGAAGAGCAGAAGCAGAAGAAAAAGACACUCAACAGUGGGUUCUGGGGGAGCAAAAGAGACACAAGCGAGCACGGAAAGGAAGAGCAACUGGAAAGGGCCGAGGCCGGCGUCAGACUCCACAACCAGAACCACAACCAGAGUUGCAGUCAGAGGAAGCUGAGAGUCAUGAAACACAGGUGACUGCAGUGGAGGAGAAAGCUGAAGUCACUCAUGGACUCUAUGAAGAAUGCUCUGUCCCCCUGGUGGGCAUACAGGAAGGGCUGUAUUCACAAGAGGAAAUAACCCCGUCUGCUUUCAGUUGUGCUCCCCACCCAGGACUAGAGGAGACACCAAGACCUGAAGGCUCAGAGGACCCCCAGUCUUUGGAAAAUGAUCACUUGGAGCAAGAUUUAUUUGGCUUUUAAUUGAAAAGUUGCUUGUGGAUAAUAAUUGUUCCUUAUUCAAUGUGGAAAAGCUGUUAGGCUACAUGAUACCUGUCAUUCUUGUGUGAGCAAUAAAAAUCUGGUAGCCUUUGUUGUAA